GAAAAUACUAGUUUACAAUUUCGCUACUCGUAUGGAAGUUUAGUAUGAGGGGUCUGGAUCCGGAAAGCCGGGGUUGGUCGACGUUCAUUGAAGCCGCCCUCAGUCGAGGGCGGCUGUCAACAUAGGCGGCGCCUGUGGACGACCUGCAGCUUUUGUACUACGACGAGCGGACUGAUUUCGUCUCGCCUUCCACGGGAUAGAGAAGUUCGGAUUUCCGUUUCCCACUGAGGAUACAUAGGGAACGAAGAUGCCGGCGGACGCUGCGGCUGCGACCACGCAGCCCCCCAUGGAUUUCCGGGAAAUCCAAGAUGCCGUCCGCGAGCUACCCGAAGACAUCGACUUUCCGGCUGUCAUGGAGCUCCUGACCUCCAAACACACAGCAACGGUGGUAGAUCGGCACAUAAAAGCGGUAAGUUAGGACGAGAUCGACGAUGUCUAUUGUUCGGUGAAAAUUUAUCAUUUUGCAAAUUUCUCAUUUUCAUCUUUUCCUUCUGGUUUUUGAAGCAAUCACCGGAGGGACAGAAUCAGGACGUCGAAAAUGAAUGGAACACGUAGAGCUGAAGUUAUCAUCUUCGUGCGUAUCAUGUCAUCAUCAAGAUUCGCGACCGAAAACACAACUCCAGGUUAUGAAAAUAUGUCGGCAGUGCCAGAACGGUUUUCUCCUAAAACAUCUGCCGUUCCUGGUUGAGCUUGUCGAAAUAGCCGGCGCCAGAUGGAAGGCCGGGCAACUGGAGUGGGCCGAACCCAUUUGCGCGAUCGCCCAGAUUGGCGGACAACCCUUUAGUAGCUGCGCAACAGAAGACCUGCUGCAAUUUGGGAAACAUUUGCCAUCCUUUGCCAACGCGGUGAUUAGUAUACUGCAAGACGCGCAACCGGAAAAGGAUGCGCAGAGAGACAUGAUUAGAAUAGAGGUACUGAAAAGAUAAUUUUCUUGGCUGCACCUGUAUUCAACAAUUUGUUUUGUAUCGGGGGCGAGUUUUUUCUUCGCCAGCACUGCGCGCUCCAGUGGAGAUUUCUUGCACGGUCAACGCCAAAAAUAAAUCAGAUCACGUACAUGAUCGCGUCUAUCGCACGAUACGGGCUGGACGACGAAUGGGUACAGGAAGGGCCCGACGACAGUGUGAUUCAGAAUGUAGCGUACACAGGGACCCCGAGUCUGCGACUUCUCCACCAAACCAACGUCAUCGCCGAGAUCGCACGGGUCUUCCGGAUCGAGUACAGUAUGCGACUGCACAACUCCCCCCCGUCCCUGUCGUUGGUUUGUCAUGCAAAAAACCAAAUCCAGCUGCACUGCUGCCUUGUAUCACUGUUUGCGUGACGGUGACAAAUUCUGGAAGCCCACACAGCACUACAAUCGGUGCAUAAACCUGUCAUACACAGCAUACGUGUGUUCUGCCUGGUGUUUGUAUUGCUGGUCAUGCUAUAUGAGUGUUGAGGAGGUAGAGGGAUCGUUGUGCACUCUCAUAUACAGCUCGGAGGCGCUAGUGAUCAUGCUGGGUGCGCUAAAAGACAUGAGUUUGUUUCAGCCACUUGCCGUGCAAAUCACCAACUGCGGGCUACUCAGCAAUCUGAUCGCGGUACUAUGUAUAAAUGUCUUGCACCUUGUUUACGGAACGUUGAGCAAGAGGCUCAGAAGAAAGUUUGUUAGUACCGCGAACAAGAAACAACUCUUGCGCUUCUACCACUACAGGUGAUCACCACAAUUUUGUCGCUGAAAAAAUAUCAGGUCAUUCGCAAUAACCUCCUGGGCUCGGAUGUCCUCUUGAUUUCCGCAGAAAUCCUUUGGAACGUGCUGGAACUGGACCGGGAGCACGCCUAUCAAAUGUAAAAAUGUCUGGGUCUGGAAGAGUCCAUGUUUGUCAUGCGUGUCUGGCAUGACUCUCAAAUCUGUCAUGCACGUUACCCAAGAGCGCCAUUUUUCUGUCAUGCAGAAACGCAGCUCGUCAUGCAGAAUAGGCAACACCUAGAAGCUCAGAAACUUGUCAUGCUGAGCCAGCACUUGUGGCCCCGUCAUAAUACGCCACCCUGCAUCACAAGUUUCCAGACCCAGACAUUUUUGCAUUUGAUAACGCCUCGGCCGCACUGGGCGCUAUGGACGUGAUGGAGUCGUUCGUUGUGUUUCUCACCACGGUGCUCCACGAGGGCUACCGGUACAAGGACAAAAUCUUCCGGAACGACAUGCUUGCGUUGUUGAUCUUCAUCCUCGGCCGGACGGAGAACCACGACAGCGCGGCGCGAUCCGGCUUGGUGUGCUUACUGCUAAAACACGCAGCCGAGGGGCCCAUUCGAGAGAUGCUGGAAACGAGUAAAAUCUUCGAGGAAGAGUUAGAGUCCAUCAAGGACGUGCCCACGACGAUCUUUCUCCCCCGGAAGCUGAAGGACGACACGAGGAAAGCUCCGAUAGCCUUGACCACCAGUGCCGAAGACAUGGAGUUUCGGAUUCUGAUCUGGCGGGCCAUCGCGAAAACGGCCGCGACGGAACGGUGCGCAGAGCUGAUAGAAAAGUUCCUGUUCCCCAAUUUGCUUUUGAGGUUUUUAGACGUGGUCUGCCUCGACCACUUCCAGUCGCAGUGGAGCCCCGACCAGAGGAAAAAGCUGCAGCUCGAAGCCAUGCGGGUCUUGUUUUCCGUGGUAAGUAGAUUUGCGAACUGCAUUGGAGUGAGUAGGACGUCGCACUCACACUUUCUUCGUGUUGACCACUUAGUCUAGUUCACUUGGUACGCUAGUUAGCCGGAACUGUCAAGCUCACUCUUUUUUUACGUAAAAAUUGAUGAAGAGCCACGGUACGAUCCAAAAUUCAGGUGCCACACUGCCCGAGCUCGUACUUGGAAUCGGAUGGAAAUGGUGUAGUAAUCAGAUUACUGCAGACGACGCAGGACCAGGACCUGCAAAAAGCAUGCCUUACGCUGCUCCAUCGUUCGUGCUUGGCGUCUACCAGAGCGGAUGGUACUGUUGAGACCGGUUUAAUACACCGGCUUUGAUGGAAACUGAAUCUAUUGCUUAUUCGAACAAUUGGUCUCAGUGUUCCACCACUGAAGACACGGCCUUCAUGUCGUGGCACGGCAACAUAAUGCUCCCAGAACAAAAAAUGUUCUUGUAUCCCCUCCACUAGGUUUCGAGCAAAUCGACAUACCGCCAUGCUGCAUGCUGGACGAGUCGCACCUAGAUGUCGUCGAGAUCCUUCUGGAGAUCUUCAGCCAGCGGAGCAAUCCCUUCAGCUUGCGACAGCUCGCGUGCAGCAUACUGGGCUGCCUGUGCCGACAAGACGAGGCGUACUCGACCAAGUUCCGCAAAGCGAAGGGCGUCGAGACCGUCGCGAAGGAAGUCCGGUGGCGCGCCCAGGGGGGCGAGUUGCAGGAUCGCUUGUUUUUCAUGCUGCACGUCGUCGACUGCGUCUGGUGCGCAAUCGUGGUAUGCAUUGCAAAAGUAUCGUACUAGUAUAAACUGCAAUACAAAUUGGCUGAGGAGCAGUUGCAGUACAAAUUGAAUUUGUAAUGCGGUUUUGCCUUAGCAACUAGUGCUGGUCUAGAUGCAUGAUCGCAAUUAGUACGAGGGCGAUACUUUUGCACUGCAUACGUGGGGGACACCAGUAACGAGGAGAGAUUUCUGAAGCAGGGCGGUUUGUUUUCCCUCCUCGACGCGUUGGAGAUGGCCCCGGUCAUGCUCAGGAGGCACAUUCUCGGGUGCAUUGCAGACUUGGUGCAAAACAGCAACGCUGCCAGCCUCUUUGUGCAGUGGAACAGCGGCAAGACCAUGAAGGGCGGGCUGAAGAUCUUGCUCGAAUUCUGGGCCGAGGAACAGGACAUCGCAGAAGCGGUGAACGCGGAGGGGCUACUACAAAAUCUCGACUUUCCCCUGAACCCCAAACUGGACCCUCUCACGCUGGCGGAUGCCGCAGAAAAAGGAGCAGCCUCCACCGGCGGGAGCGCCGGCCCAGCGGGAGGCAGCGCAACCGCACCACCAGCAGACGGUUUGCCUCGCUAAUUCGUUUUCGCAAAAUGCAAUUUCUGUGCAGGUGCUUUUCGUGUGGACGUUUUUGUGAAAGCGAGCUCAAACUUUUCUUGCAACUGCUUUGCUUUUUUGCAACAAAAAAACAGCGUCGCCGACUGCAGAUGCCGAGCAUAAGGCGGAGGACCUUUCAAUACACAAACUGCAAAAUCCUGCUAGCAGUACCAUGGUUUUGGAGCUUGCUGCUCGGGUGGACCAAGAUUCCCGGCCGAAGAUAUACGCAAUUCUAUCGAAAAUCGGUUUCGAAAAGAAUGAAACGCUCACCAUGGAAGAAAGGCAAGCACUGGAACUACUCAGGUAGAGAUUUGUUGAUAUCUUCUAGCUAAUAAUUCUUGUCUCCAACACCCACUGACUUGUGAGAUGAACACUUCUUGUCCCCCUGUGUCUCAUGCAUAGCAGAUCAGCACGAUCAGCAUGCCAGAUGUACUUUCUACAAACAAAUGAGGCUACUCCCCGAAUGCCUGGCGCUGGAGCAGCUGCGACAAGUAGAGUGGAACCUGCAAGACUUCAAAUUGCUCGCCCAGGACCAGAAGUGGCUCGAUGAGAUGAUAUCGGAGCAGCGCACACGGACCGAGUGGAUCCAAAACGUCCAGGGACAGCUAUUCGAAGAGCACCAAAGUCAGCAAGUCGCGAACCUGCAGCGCUACUACGAUGACAUACGAAAUCGGUUCAAGUAGAAGCAGGCUCCGGUCGUCUCGCUCGCCGUGGCCGUCGUGCCAUGUCUGUUUACAAAAACACAAUUUUAAUUAGCACCUGUGUUUUAGAUUAGAAUCCGAUACAAUUACAAACAAGUAAGUCUGAAUACAAACGUUUUUGCAAAUUAAACAGCCAUUGCUUGAAAAAGCAGUGCGCAGCUGUAGUGUCUAUUCGUUCCAAAAUAUACAUGAUGUCUCAUGCUGUCCUACAGCCGGAGAUCACGCCACAGUCGCCGACUAGGUGUAGGUGUCGCCACGUUGUGUGGUCGAAGGCUCAGCUGAGAUCAUAGGAUUUAUCCGCGUAUAAAAUUAUAUUCCUAAACGACUUUUCGCCGCUCUCGUCAUUGGGGGUUGAAUGUACUGUUUCCUGGACGUCUGCAUUGUAACAAAACACACAUUGUGUACUAACAUACCUACCACGGCCCGUGGACUUCAAACGAAAUUCGUCAGCCGUCCGGCCUACCCCAC